AUGGCUCCCGUCUCAAUUUCGGCGCGCCGCCCGGCCGCUCUUAUUGACUACCUUGCGCCGCGCGAAACGCGGCCUCAGCUGCGAGAACCACCAUCCCAAGAAGGCCCGGUCAUUUCAGGGCGCUUUCACUCCCUCCCCAGCUUUCCCUCUCGAACGGUCAAGACCGCCCUCGACGCGCCGAGCCGCGUGCUACUUGCCGAACGAGAUACUACGACGUCCACGAUACCCGGGGCAUACCCUGGCAUAAACGAUGGUCCCGACGCAGGCGAGGUCGUCGGCAUCACACUCGGCUCAGUGGGCGGCUUCCUGCUGCUCUUGUGGCUUGUAUAUACCUGUCUGUCGAUAGGCAACCGCCCAGACACAAUCAGUUCCUACGGCACCGCGAGUGUUGUCACUCGCAAGUCGCGCCGGCGGCACUCGAAACACCAUCACCGGUCGCCAUCACGUCGUCGCGAGACAGUCGAGGUCCGCACCAGCCGUGUACCCGUUGCCGAACCGCCACCCGAGAGGAUUGUGAUGGAGGAGACCAUGCGCAGGACUAGCGGCCCCAUGCCCGGGCCUCCACCAGCCCCCAUGGCCGCGCCCCCGCCGCCGAGGUUCGUGCCUCAUGAUGACACCGAGGACGAGGUUGUUGUGAUCGAGGAGCAUAGCCCGCCACCGAGGAGACACAAGUCCAAGAGCCAUCGAAGGCGGAGCUCGAGCGCGAGGAGGGAGAGCGGGUUUCGGGAGGUCGACCCGGAUCGAUUUGCUGGCGGCGACGCGCCGUUGAGAGACGUGAGGAGAUCGAGCAGGCACGGGAGGUAA